GUCGCACCACGUGACUCCCCAUCUGCGGGGGGGAGGGAAAAAAAAAUAAAUUCCAAGAUGGCGGGUCCCGUCGCGGGCUGAGUCCGUCGGUGGCGCGCUCCGCGCCGGGGGGAGCCCAUCGCCGCGCCGCUUCCCCGCCUCGCCCUCCGCACAGGUUCCCAUUUUAAAAACCAUUAGAAGAUAUUCUGCCACCCUCUUGGAUUACUUCCCAUACAACUCAGCAUGUCACUGUGCCCUGGAUUUUAUAAGGUGGCCAUGAUUUAAUCCCCACUUCCAACUCCUAUGUAUUGGUGAAGCUUUGGAGCUCUUUUGAGCUGCUGCGGCUCCGUGGAAUCUGAUCUCGCAUCCCUUCUCCCAAGGACUAGACACUACCAGCAAUGAGCUCCCAAAGCCACCCAGAUGGGCUUUCUGGCAGAGACCAGCCAGUGGAGCUGCUGAAUCCACCUCGAGUGAACCACAUGCCCAGCUCUGUUGAUGUGACCACAGCGCUGCCCUUGCAAGUUGCCCCGACGUCAGUGCCGAUGGAUCUGCGCCUGGACCACCAGUUCUCCAUGCCGGUGACGGAGCCGACGCUGCGGGAGCAGCAGCUGCAGCAGGAGCUGCUGGCGCUGAAGCAGAAGCAGCAGAUCCAGAGGCAGAUCCUGAUCGCGGAGUUCCAGCGGCAGCACGAGCAGCUCUCCCGGCAGCACGAGGCCCAGCUGCACGAGCACAUCAAACAGCAGCAGGAGAUGUUGGCCAUGAAGCACCAGCAGGAGCUGUUGGAGCACCAGAGGAAGCUGGAGCAGCACCGGCAGGAGCAGGAGCUGGAGAAGCAGCACCGGGAGCAGAAACUUCAGCAGCUGAAGAACAAGGAGAAAGGAAAAGAGAGUGCAGUGGCAAGCACAGAAGUGAAGAUGAAGUUGCAGGAGUUUGUGUUAAACAAGAAGAAGGCCCUGGCCCACCGGAAUCUCAACCACUGCAUCUCCAGUGACCCUCGCUUCUGGUACGGGAAGACCCAGCACAGCUCUCUGGACCAGAGUUCCCCUCCCCAGAGCGGCGUGUCCGGCACCUACAACCACCCUGUCCUGGGGAUGUACGACUCCAAAGACGACUUCCCGCUCCGCAAGACAGCCUCUGAGCCCAACCUGAAGCUGAGAUCCAGGCUAAAGCAGAAGGUGGCUGAGAGGAGGAGCAGCCCCCUCCUGCGCAGGAAGGACGGGCCGGUGGUGACGGCGCUGAAGAAGCGCCCGCUGGACGUCACAGACUCUGCAUGCAACAGUGCUCCUGGAUCUGGUCCCAGCUCUCCAAACAACAGCUCCAACAACAUCAGCACCGAGAACGGGAUUGCGGGAUCGGUCACGAGUAUCCCGGCAGAGCCCAGCCUGGCCCACAGGCUCGUGAACCGCGAGGGCUCCGUGACGCAGCUCCCGCUCUACACCUCUCCUUCCCUGCCCAACAUCACGCUAGGCCUGCCUGCCACCGGCCCUUCCAGCGCGGGCUCGGCGCAGCAGGACGCGGAGAGGCUCGCCAUCCCAGCCCUGCAGCAGCGCAUCUCCCUUUUCCCUGGAACUCACCUCACCCCCUACCUGAGCACUACAACGUUGGAAAGGGACGGGGGAACCGCACAUAACCCUCUCCUGCAACACAUGGUCUUACUGGAACAGCCAACUGCACAAACUCCCCUAGUCACAGACUGGUAUCUUUCAGGACUGCCCCUCCACGCACAGCCCCUGGUUGGAGGCGAGCGGGUCUCCCCUUCCAUCCACAAGCUGCGGCAGCACCGCCCGCUGGGGCGCACCCAGUCCGCGCCCCUGCCCCAGAACGCCCAGGCCCUGCAGCAGUUGGUGAUCCAGCAGCAGCACCAGCAGUUCUUGGAGAAACACAAACAGCAAUUCCAGCAGCAGCAGCUGCACAUCAACAAGAUCAUAUCCAAGCCCACCGAGCCCGCUCGGCAGCACGAGAGCCACCCCGAGGAGACGGAGGAGGAGCUGCGGGAGCACCAGGCCCUGCUGGAGGAGCCCUACGGGGACCGGCCCGCGGGCCAGAAGGAGGCCCCGGCGCUGGCCAGCGUGGUGCAGGUGAAGCAGGAACCCAUCGAGAGCGACGAGGAGGAGGCAGAGCCCCAGCAGGAGCUGGAGCCCGGGCAGAGGCAGGCGGAGCAGGAGCUGCUCUUCCGUCAGCAAGCCCUUCUCCUGGAGCAGCAGCGGAUCCACCAGCUGAGGAACUACCAGGCGUCGCUGGAGGCAGCUGGAAUGCCCGUGUCCUUCGGGGGACACCGGCCCCUGUCCCGGGCACAGUCCUCUCCAGCCUCAGCCACCUUCCCAAUGUCCGUGCAGGAGCCCCCCACUAAGCCAAGGUUCACUACAGGCCUUGUGUAUGACACCUUGAUGCUGAAGCACCAGUGUACCUGUGGAAACACCAACAGCCACCCCGAGCACGCGGGCAGGAUCCAGAGCAUCUGGUCCAGGCUGCAGGAGACGGGGCUGCGGGGCAAGUGUGAGUGCAUCCGUGGAAGGAAAGCGACUCUGGAAGAGCUGCAGACGGUUCACUCGGAAGCCCACACGCUGCUCUACGGCACAAACCCUCUGAACAGGCAGAAACUGGACAGCAAGAAGCUUCUAGGUUCUCUAACGUCGAUGUUUGUCAGGCUGCCUUGCGGUGGUGUCGGGGUCGACAGUGACACCAUUUGGAACGAAGUGCACUCGUCGGGGGCCGCCCGCCUGGCCGUGGGCUGUGUCAUCGAGCUGGUCUUCAAAGUGGCCACAGGAGAGCUCAAGAAUGGAUUUGCCGUUGUGCGGCCCCCAGGGCACCACGCCGAGGAGAGCACCCCCAUGGGUUUCUGCUAUUUUAACUCCGUGGCAAUCGCAGCGAAGCUGCUCCAGCAAAGGCUCAACGUGAGCAAAAUCCUCAUAGUGGACUGGGAUGUCCACCACGGGAAUGGAACUCAGCAGGCCUUCUACAACGAUCCCAAUGUCCUUUACAUCUCCCUCCAUCGCUACGAUGAUGGCAAUUUCUUCCCAGGCAGCGGUGCUCCCGACGAGGUUGGCACAGGAGCAGGAGUUGGUUUCAACGUUAACAUGGCAUUUACUGGUGGCCUGGAUCCACCCAUGGGAGACACAGAAUAUUUAACUGCUUUCAGGACCGUGGUCAUGCCCAUUGCCAACGAGUUUGCCCCGGAUGUGGUGCUGGUGUCGUCCGGUUUCGAUGCGGUGGAAGGACAUCCCACCCCCCUGGGAGGGUAUAACCUGUCAGCAAAAUGCUUCGGGUACCUGACGAAGCAGCUGAUGGGCCUGGCCGGGGGCCGGGUGGUCCUGGCCCUGGAGGGCGGCCACGACCUGACCGCGAUCUGCGACGCGUCCGAGGCCUGCGUGGCUGCUCUGCUGGGGAACGAGCUUGACCCUCUUCCAGAGAAGGUUUUCCAGCAGAGAGCAAACGCUAACGCCGUGCAUUCCAUGGAGAAGGUCAUCGAGAUCCACAGCAAGUACUGGCACUCCCUGCAGCGCUUCGCCUCCACGGUGGGAUACUCCCUGGUGGAGGCACAGAAGUGCGAGAACGAGGAGGCGGAGACGGUGACGGCCAUGGCGUCGCUGUCGGUGGGCGUGAAGCCGGCGGAGAAGAGACCUGAGGACGAACCCAUGGAAGAGGAACCUCCCCUGUAGCAUUAACCUUCGAGCUGGAGUUCUCCUGUCUGUUCGUCUUCGUCUUGAAGCUCUGCCAAGAAGCUUUCUCUUGUUACUCCUGCGUCCUGCCACGGUUGAUUCCAGAACACGGGAAGGACAGCCAGGUGUAAAGCAAAGCAACCGACAACAAAACCGGAAUCUCUGCCUAUCUUUGAGUCUCUAUUUGCCGAAAAAUGCUGGUGAAGAGCAGCAAAGGACCGACAACGUUGGGUGCUCUUCCUCUGGUCCUCACUGGGAGCGCAACGAGGAACGACGCCCGGGAAGUCUUUGGCAGAGUUGCCAAAAAAAAAAUAAAAACACACACACAAAAAAAUAUAAAGGAAUCAAAGCUUCAACAACAAACACACGCGAAAAUAAAACAAACCUUAACGUAAAAACUGGUGCUUACAACUGAGCAAUCUCCGCUUGAACCACUCGGCCCAUCGUGUAGUUUCAUUUCUUGGAUAUUUUGGAAUGGCUCUUGCCUGCCUGGGAGUCAGCGACAGCUCCUGUCGGAACGGGAACUCUGGGAGAUGGUGUAUUUUUACCGGGGAGGGACAGGGAAUGAGGGACUCAUCUGACAUCUAAAGGAAAGGGAAGGAGAAAGGGGGAAACGUUGAGCCCAGAUGGAGUCGGCUUUAUGGUCUCCAAAGCCAUCUGAAGAUGAGUUUGUGCCUUUUUUUUUAAUUGAUGGAUUUGGUGCAGCUGGAUUUUCUGAAGUUUGAGGAACAAUGCCUUAAGUAAAAAAAAAAACAAAAACAAACAAAAAAAAUUAAUAAUAAUAAACCACAAAGAACACAGCAGUUCCUGAAUAUUUUUCCUCUGGUUGGGAAAGCCAAGAACUGCCAUCAGGAAGGAAGACUUUUUGGCUUGUGCUGGCAUGGUGGUGGGAAGCAGGCAUCAGCUGAACGGAGCGUCUCCAAAAACUCUCGACAAGUUUGGAUUUGUUUUGUUUUCUUUCAUUGCUGUUUCAAAAAAAAAAAAAAAAAAAAAGAAAAAAAAACCCAAAAGGAAAAAAAAAGAAAAAAGGAAAAAAAAAUAAGGUAGUUGCCAAAAAAGUGGCAAAUACUGUUGGGUCUUUGAAAUUCAACCAUUUUUAACAACAAAUUUUCCAAUGUUUUCUCUCUCUUCUGGUAAUUGAACUUAUCGAUUUGGUUGUCGAAGCAUGUAUUAGACACAACUGCAGGUUUUAAGACUGGAAUGCUUUUUAUUAAAAGCAACUAGCAUGAGAUAUUGCUUAAAUUGUUAGGUAUAAAUAUAUAUAUGUGUAUAAUGUAUAGUCCAAAUGUAUUCCAAGCUUAGAAACCGGAUUCCUAUGAAUUAUUGAGAAAAGUAUUUAUGAUGCAUUUCUAGGAACAAAGAAAAAAAAAAAAGAAAUAUAUGUAAUAAAUGCAUACUCUAACAGUAGCCAUUGGAAGCUCCCUAGGGAGAGAUUUGGGAAUUGGAACGUCCAAGGUGCUUUUGGAAAAGGAUCCAGGUUGAAACAUGAGGACUUUCAGGUGACAGGUUGGGAAGUUUUUCAGAAAGCCAACACUUGAGCCACUGGGCAACUACCCUAAACAUUUGUAUUUUAAUUUAAGGUUUUUAGUUGUGAUCCUUUUCUAACAAAGACAAGAAAAACAAAGAGUUUUUUAUAGCGAA